ACCAAUCCAACGGCCGAUGGGCUGUUGCGUCGGUUCCCGCAAUGUAGUUUGCCACGAUAUAACUUUGUUCCGAUACCACCCUCGAGGACUCUUGAAGUUUUCCCUCGAUUGUCCCCUGUUCAACUAAUGCCUUCCGCACUGUUGACGACUGAUCUGCAAGACCUCACUCUUAUAUCGAGGGGAAAAGUGCGCGAUGUUUACCACACUUCCUCAGAAGAUCUCUUGCUCUUCGUCGCAACCGAUAGAAUAUCAGUAUUCGACGUUAUCUUGAAGGAUGGUAUUCCCGACAAAGGGAAGACAUUAACGAGAAUAUCGCUAUUCUGGUUUGAGAAACUGAAGGGUAUCGUUCCAAACCAUCUCGUGACGGCCGAUAUAGACGAGAUGCCCGAGGAAGUGAGGAAAUACAAGGAUCAACUCGAUGGCCGCUCCAUGCUUGUGAAGAAGGCUAAAGUCAUACCCAUCGAGUUUAUAGUUCGGGGGUACCUCACCGGAUCCGCAUGGGCGGAGUACAAGAAAACUGGAACUAUGCACGGAAUGCCUCUUCCAGAGGGAAUGGUCGAGUCCCAGCGGCUACCCCAACCACUGGUAACCCCGUCGACGAAAGCGGAACAAGGCGCUCACGACGAGAACAUCUCUCCGGAUAGGGCUGGACAACUUAUCGGUUCGAAGGUUUACACCCGCGUUGCAGACAUAGCCCUUAAGUUAUAUUCGACUGCGGCUGAAUACGCAUAUUCCCAUGGACUUAUCCUCGCGGAUACCAAGUUUGAAUUUGGGUUGAUUCCGUCGACCGCGGAUACCUCGGAGGAUGAAGUCAUCCUUGUCGACGAGGUUCUCACUCCGGAUUCGUCGCGUUAUUGGCCUCUCGAUCAAUACGUUCCAGGGAAGCCUCAACCCAGCUUCGACAAACAAUAUGUGAGGGAUUGGCUAGUCUCUGUAGGGUAUCGCAAGGGCCUGGAGAGUGGGCCUGGAGGUAGCGGCGAAGGCUGGGGUAUCGACGAGGCCGUCAUUCAGGGGACUCAAAGAAGGUAUUCAGAGGCUGAGGAAAUGCUGAAAAACGAGAGUCCCGAAGCCUGAGCCCCUCGGGAUGCUGAGUAUUUACUGUGUAUUUAUGUGAGACAUCUGAUACGCCGCGUCCCGCAGGAGUCCUGCUGUUAGAUUUUACGAGGUCAGUCCAGGCUAGAAUUGGUUUGCGGGUUCAACGGCAGCUCCCAAGGCUGGGAUAUAAGUUCUCAUACGAGGAGGGCGACGUCGGCUUUCCCUUGAUCGAGGUAUGACCGUUUUAAGAUGGUUUAAAGGAGGCCACCCAUAGCAACAAGGAGGAUUCAC